GGUUCCAGAGGCCUUUCAGAUUUUGCAGAAGUAUUCGGACCCAGCCACAUCCUGUGAUCACCACUCGUUGUUCCCCCCACCCGAGAUACACCCCCACAUGAACAGCUUCCUCCUCCGGGCUGAGCCAGUCUGGGAGAGCUGCAGGCAUCGCGUUGGGGACCUUGGACGGUGGUCGACUCUGAGACGUUGCAUCCCCCCAAGACACGGUACAACGUCUGCGCUGUCCCAUCUGAUCCCUGAGAAGGAAGAGGGGAUAUUGUGACUGCACCUCUUCCAAGAAUGCUGUUCUUCUUAGUUCUCUUUGUGGUGAUGUGUGCCAUGGCCUUCCUUGCCGGGGUGCUGUCGAAUGGCUACGUCCUCUUCAUCACUGGCUGCCGUGUGGAGAGGAUGGCCAGUGCCGUGUGGUUCUGGAACCGGGCCAUGACCGAUUUCAUCUUUAUCGUCUUCCUACCUUUUAGAUACAUUUCCAUUUUCAUCCUGGACUUAGACUGGGCCAAGAGUCUGAGCAACACCGUCUCCUCCUUCCACAUGUUCUCCAGCGCCUUCCUCCUCACAGCCCUUAGUGUCGAUCGCUGCAUCCUCGUGGCACGUCCUGAGUGGGCCUGGAACCACCGCACACCCCAACUGGCUUUCAUUAUGGUUUUGGGCCUGGGGGCUCUGUCUCUUGGGUUCAGCCUGCGGUACGGUUAUCUAUUGGAAUUCCUCUUCUCACGUUCCAGAACCAGCAUGAAUUUCCAUCCAGAUGAAGGGAGGGUGAAGGCCGCCGUUACCAUCCAGUUCCUGGUUGGGUUUCUGAUCCCAUUAGCCUUGAUCUUGAUCCCAACAUUCUACAUCGUUCUAGCUGCCAAGAUGAGAAGGAACAGGCUGAUCCAGUCCACCAAGCCACUCAAGAUCCUUUUUGGCUUGAUCCCGGCCUUUUUCCUCUGCUGGCUGCCGUAUCACGUCUUCUCCUUUCUGCUGAUCUUAGCUAAGCACCGUCUGCUUAUUCUGGACAUGGGAAGUGCUUUUGCUUGUGUCCUGACAUAUGUCAACAGUUGCCUGAACCCCGUCAUCUACUUAACCAUGGAGGAAGGGUUUCUGAGGUACCGGCAAUGUGGACGCAACUCCCAAACGACCGACAACUUGGGGCCGGAGCUGGCUGAAUAGGGAAAUGGAUGGAAUUGUCGAUAUUUGCAUGGAGAAAGAAUUCUUUACACUGGGACAUGUAACUUCCUCUUGAUCCCAAAAUUCUUUUUUUAGCAAGUGAAUUUUUUGGCCUUAUUCAUAGAAGAGCCACGAGAAUGAUGACUGGAUUAGAAAACCUGCCUUACAGCGAAAGACCCAAGGAGCGCAGUCUAUUUAGCGCAGUCUAUUUAGCUUAACAAAGAGAAGGUGAAGGGGUGAACCUCGCUGAGAGUCAAUGAGAAUAUAACACAAUAUAACCCUGACAAAGAGUUUCGCAGUCUGGCUGUGCGUUGUGUGAAGAAAUACAUCAUUUUAUUAGUUUAUAUACUUUCUUUUAUUUCUUUAAAACCCUCUGGCUAUUAAUUUCAUUUGGUGACCCCUAGCUCUUGUGUUAUGGGAAGGAGUAAAUAACACUUCAUUAUUUACUUUCUCCACACCAGUCAGGACUUUAUAGAGCUCUAACAUAUCGCCCCGUAGUUGUCUCUUUUCUAAACUGAAAAGUCCCAGUCUUCUUAAUCUCUCCUCCUAUGGAAGCUGUCUGAACCUUUUCCAAUUCCAAUAUAUCUUUUUUUCAAUGGAUUUAUAUAGAGGCAAUAUGAUGUUUUCAAUCUUAUCUGUCCCUUUCUUAAUGAUUCCCAACAUUCUGUUAGCUUUUUUGACGGCAGCUGCAGAUUGAGUGGAUGUUUUCAGAGAACUCUCCACAAUGACUCCAAGAUCUCUUUCUUGAGUGGUAACAGCUAUUUAGACCCCAUCAUUGUAUAUGAUUUAAUUGGGGAUCGGUCCUGCUUUGAGCAGGGGGUUGGACUAGAUGACCUCCUGAGGUCCCUUCCAACCCUGAUAUUCUAUGAUUCUAUGUAUAGUAGGGAUUAUGGUUUCCAAUGUGCAUUACUUUGCAUUUAUCAACAAGGAAUUUCACCUGCCAUUUUGUUGCCCAGUUAUCCAGUUGUGUGAGAACCCUUUGUAGCUCUUCGCAGUCAGCUUUGGACUUAACUAUCUUGAGUAGUUUUCUAUCAUCUGAAAAUGAUGCAACCUCACUGUUUACCCCUUUUUCCAGAUCAUUUAUGAAUAUUUGAAGAGUACUGGUCCCAGUACAGACCCCUGGGGGACACGCUAUUUACCUCUCUCCAUUCUGAAAACUGACCAUUGAUUCCUACCCUUGUUUCCUAUCAUUUAACCAGUUAUUGAUCCAGGAGAGGACUUUCCCUCUAAUCUCACAACAGCUUACUUUGCUCAAGAGUCUUUGGUGAGGGAACUUCUUGCUUCUGAUGACCUUAAAAAAAUUCAGAUUACUUUUUGCAUCUUUGGCUAGCUAUUCUUCAAAUUCUUUUUUGGUCUUCCUAAUUAUAGUUUUACACUUCAUUUCCCAGAGUUCAUGUUCCUUUCUAUUUUACUCAAUAGGAUUUAACUUCCACUUUUUAAAGGAUGCCUUUUUGCCUCUCAAAGCUUCUCUAGUUUGCUGUUUACCCACGGUGGCACUACUUUGGUUCUCUUACUAUGUUUAUUAAUUUGGGGGAUACGUUUAAGUUGAGCCUCUAUAAUGGUGUCUUUUAAAAGUUUCCAUGCAGCUUACAGGGAUUUCACUUUUGGCACUGGACCUUUUUAUUUCUUUUUUACUAACUUCCUCAUCUUUGUGUAGUUUUCUUUUCUGAAAUUAAAUGCUACCGUGGUGGGCUGUUGUGAUGUUUCCCCUGCCACGGGGGUGUUGAAGUCCAUUAUAUUAUUCUCACUGUUACCAAGCGGUUCAGUUAUAUUCACCCUUAUAUUCAGUAAUAUAUACCUAUUCUGUAUUCUUAUUAUUUGGGCAUGGAAUUAUUCUCCAUUGAGGUUCUAUGAUAGAGUUUGGUUCAUUUCAGAUUUUUACUUCGACUCUACGCUUUCUUUCACAUAUAGUGCCGCUCCCCCACCAGCACAUCCUGUUCUGUCCUUCCAAUAUAUUUUGUACCCUGGUUAUACUCAUUGAUUAUCCUCAAUUACACCAUUACACCAUUGAUUAUCCUCAUUCCACCAAGUUUCUGCGAUGCCUUUUAUGUCGAUGUCCUCACUUAAUACGUGGCACUCAAGUUCACCCAUCUUAUUAUUUAAACUUCUAGCAUUUUUAUAUAAGAACUAAAAUGUCACUUUUUAGCUGUCUGCCAUUACAUGAUGUAAUUGAAUCAACUUAGGCUUCUACUGGUGAGAUUUUCAAAAGCACCUAUGUGAGUUAGGUGCUUAACUCCUAACUUCAAUGGGAAUUUGGCAGCUAACUCCCUUAGCCACUUUUAAAAAUCUAGCCCUGUGUCUUCAUUGUCAAACCCGAGCCUUCAAACCCCAUGAGCCACCCCCUAACACAUAAUGAGAUUGGUUUGGAAAGAAAGACAUUUGGGUUCCUCUUUUUUGCUGUAUGUUUUUUUUUGCUGGGGGGGAGGGCAUGUCAGACUUUUCUCUGGAAAAAUGAAAGCUGGAAAUUUACCUAAAAAAUAAUAAGAAGCGAAAGCUGAAAUUCCCACCUAAUCAUCUGGUUCCGGGAUCUGGGGCUUGCAGGAAAACGACAAACAUGGCGAAUGUCGCAAUGAAAUUGUAAGAGUCGGUGAUGCUACAAAACUCCACCAAAAGUUUCAGCAAACCAGAAAUAUCUAGCUCUAUUACUGAAACCAAUGGAGUGAGGAGGUGUUCAAAAUACUGGGGACUUUAAAUAAAAUGUGGGUGGCUGUGGCACUCUGUACCUCAAAACAGCACCCUGGAGCCCCCAUAUUCACCAUGGUCAUAUCAAUAUGAACAAAGUCAGCCUUGUGAGGUAUCAUUAAAAAGUCUUGGUGUGUUGAUUAUUCAUAUACCGUUAAAUUGUAUGUGCUGUCAUUGUAUGGGGAGUUAUGAAGUUUUGCAAUGGGUGUGUUACUGAAAUAAGUUGUGUUGUUGGGAACACCCAGAACCAGCCUUUCAGGUAUGACCGUGGAGGAGCCAGACAGCGUUACUGGCUCGUCAGCACCCAUGAAAGAAUCCACUGUCUCAGGAACCGUAUAAAAUGGAGAUUUCUCAGAGAGAGGACAUAGACAAUGGAGACUCUUUGACCCAAGUCAUCCCAAAAUGUAAUUCCAUCAGGGUGGAAGAAACAACAGAAGAGGGGAAGUGAUGUCACCAUUUGGUCUCAUUCCCCCCCACAACUCAACACCUGGAAACACGUCUGGAUGACAAAGACUUUGAACUUUGGUAUCCGGCUGGAAGACAAGCCCAGCCUGUUCACUGAGGAUGUGUCACCUGCUUGUACCGUCUGCCAGGGUGAGACAUGGCUUGAUUCAAAUCCUGUUAAGUUUGUAGAACUCAGAUGGCGAAUUUCCUUUUACUUCUUGGGUGACCAACUGUGAUCUUUAUAAUCACGGCGUAUAAUCACUUUAAAUCUGUCUGUAGUUAAUAAACCUGUUUUAUAUUCUGC